AUGUAUGUUGAUGAUAUAAUUAUUACAUGUGAUGAUCAUGAUGGUAUUAAAUCAUUAAAGUCUGAGUUUGCACAUUCUUUUGCUAUGAAAGAUUUUGGCAUGCUACGUUAUCUUUUGGGAAUUGAGAUAGCCUAUUCUCUUAAAGGUUAUCUCUUAUCUCAAUCAAAGUACAUUGCUGAUUUGUUUCAGCGCGCUCGACUAACCGACAACCAAACUGUUUAUACACCCCUUGAGACCAAUGUUAGAUAUUCUUCGUCUGAUGGCACUCCUUUAGAUGAUUUUGGUCUUUAUCGUACCAUAGUUGGCAACUUGGUAUAUUUUACUGUAACUCGCCCAGACAUUGCGCAUGUAGUUCAUGUGGUUAGUCAGUUUGUCACUGCCUCUACUACAGUACAUUGGUAA